ACGAAUUUACGCGUGCCAAUAAAAGAACAAGCCUUGAGAAGUGGCCUUCAAAUUUCAAACGCCCCCCGAACUUCCUUCUCUCACCGAACCAAAGGGCUUACAUCAUCGUCCCCAACAAGAGGUGCCCACCAUUUUGGGUCCUGAGCUGAGCCUGAUCCCACAAAAGCAGACAUGGCAGAGAACAAGCCUGCGCAAAUCAAGGACUUGCAGAUUCUGAAAGCAAACAAAGAUGAUGAAAACAAGAAGCACCUGGCGCCCAAGAGGAGCUCCAACAAGGACAGGCACAAAAAGGUGGAUGGUAGAGGCAGAAGAAUACGGAUGCCUGCCUUGUGUGCAGCUAGGGUCUUUCAAUUGACCAGAGAAUUGGGUCACAAGUCUGAUGGGGAAACAAUUCAGUGGCUGCUGCAGCAAGCUGAGCCAUCAAUUAUAGCUGCCACUGGCUCUGGAACUGUACCUGCUUCAGCUCUUGCAGCUGCAGGGUCCUCUGUUUCUGAACAGGGGAGCUCUGUUUCCUCUGUUACUUCUGGGUUGCAUACAAGGAUGGAAGGACUAAUAAGACCAAGUGUUGGGUCUGAAGGCAGUGCCAACUGGGCAUUUCAUAUGGGCAGAUCUAAUGUGGCAAGUGGGGUUUGGCCCUUGCCCUUUCUCAGUGGGGUUAGGUCAGGUUUUGAUCAAAAUUCUGGUCAGGCAACAGUCAAUUUUGGGAGUGAAAACUUAAACAUCAUGCAGCAUAAGUUUGGGUUUCAUGGGUUUGAUGUUCCUGGCAUGAAUUUGGGGUCAAUGGGUUUUCCCACAAUUCUAAGUGGAAGCAACCAGCAAGUUCCAGGUUUAGAGCUUGGGCUCUCACAGGAUGGUCAUAUUGGGGUUGUGAGUUCUCAAGCUUUGACCCAAUUUCACCAGCACAAGGGGCAGAGGCCAGGUGGUGUAGCUUCCUUCAAUCAGCAGCAGCAGCAGCCAUCUGAUACGAAUGAAUGAUUUUCAAUGAUCAAAACAGAAGAGAAAAUCAAAAUAGCUCAGACACUGGCUUUUGCAGCGUUACCCUUCUUUCAGUAUUUUUCAUUUGAUCAGGAUGAAGUAUGAAGAGAAAAAUGGCUUGGAGAUUGGAUUUGCUUUCUAUUUCUGGUUCCUUUUUUGAUGUGUGUGCUAUCAUGUCCCAAUUAGAAUAUGGCUGUUGCUUGCAUCCAACCAAAAAAAUUGUUGAAUGUUAAGCAUGAACUAUAUAGAUUUCAUGCAGUGCAGGUAUGCAAUUUCAUUUAGAUAUGAUCUGGUUACUGUUUCACCGAGUCUCUAUAUAUAUAUAGCUCAAGAAGAUGCUCUUUUAAAGUUGCUUCUUUCGAACUUGGCAAUGAUUUGCCCUUGGUUAGUUCUUGGAAGUGGUGUGGUGCUUUCCUUUUUUGUUAAACAAUACGUCUUAGUCUUGGAUUUGAUCUUUAAUGAAAUAGGAUUUUGAACCUUAA